AUGGCCACGUGGUUUCAAGUCUUGCACAAGUUGGAUCUUGUGCGAUCGCAAGCCAAGAUCUUUCACACAGUGGAUGCGCACAGACAUCACCAGUUGCUGUGCUCGCUGAAGAAUCGAAUCACUAUACAGCUGCAACUACUUUUUCUGUGCGCACUGUAUGGCGUCUUUAUGGAUGCUGAUUAUCAAUUAAAAUGUGCGUGGUGCGAAAUCGCUCAAUGGUUUUACGAAAAACUGUUCCGAAUGGACGAUUAUGUCGACCGUAAAAUGGAUGACAUUAAGUUGUAG